AUGAGCGGGGCGCGGGAGGCGCUGCUCGCCCUGCUGCUGGCGGCUGAGCUCGCCGCCGGGGGUCCGCGCGAGGUGGCGGCUCCGCACCGAGCCUCUGCCGUCCGCGCGGUCCGCGGCGGCGCCCAGAGCCCCCUGCUCGUCGCCGGAGGUUUACCCGGCCGCCCGCCCGGCGCCGCUGGUUCGUCCCGCCUCGUCGGCGGCAGGUCUGUGAAUCAAGUGUGUGUGGAAAAAUCACUCAUAUUCAGAGCUAAUAUUCCUUACCAUACUGACGACAUUGCUGUCUCUGAUGGACCUGAUCUGUUCUGUGUGCAGCUGGAUGAACCAAAACUGAACUAUUUCCAACAGCCAAGGUGCACCAAAGAAUCUGAUUUUCUGAAGCUCUUGAGGAAGUAUGACAGGCACUCUUUCUUAGCGCAAUCACAAGUCCAGCCGUCAUUCUCUGCAUUUUACCGAGCUGGCGAUCCAAUCCUAAUCUACUUUGAUUCGUUAUCUAUACUGAGUGUGCUUAGACAGCCAGUAAAAAUGGGAGUCAGUGGACUUUGUGUAGAUGGAAAUCCAGCUGGCUUCCUGGAAAGUGAAAGCACAAGCUGUAUUCGCAUGUUCACAAACCUGAGCAGGAGCUGUAUCAGUGACCCUGCCCUAAAUGCUGCCUCCUACUACCGUGACUUUGCAGUACUAAAGGUUCCAAUCCAUGACGCCAUUGCAGAGUCCAUGAAGGUAAGGAUCAGCCCAAUUGGACCACCUGGAGCUCCCUACAUGGAAGAUAACAUGUGUAACAAUGCUGUUUCUGAAGUGAUCUAUGAGAUAGAAUUUAAUGGUACCCAUGGGAUUCAGAGUGUGUCUGUCCGGUUCAAAGUGACCAGCAUCUCUGGGAGCUCUGGAUUCUCACUGCAGCAGCACUUCACUUUGCAUUUUUGGACCAGGAUGCUUUCUCAUACGCUGCCUAGAAGUGGAAACCCUGGUUAUAUCACUGGAGCACCACUACUGAUUGCAAAUGGAAGUGCAGUGCAGCACAUGAGCAUUCUGCAGAGUGAGGGUGAUGGCAGUUGCUCGCAGUUUCUGAGACACGCAGUACGAUUUGGAAGCAAUAUGAGGACUGGCUGCAAACUCAGGCUAACUCAAGUGGAAAAAAGUAAUUGCAGUUACAUCCAGCUAAAGUUAUAUGAGGCUUUUCAGGGGAUGAACCAAGCAGAGGACCUUGCUAUAAUUGGUAGUGCUCGUUCAAGCCAAGAAGAAGAGUGGGUGACCAUUCUGAUCCAGAACUGCAGUGUACAGACUGAGAAUUGCAGUUCCUGUUGCAUGAUUCCUGUGACUCUGGAUAUACAGAUAUUGUGGACUAAGAAGGGUCUCCUGUCCAACCCACAAGCUCAAAUAUUGGGUGUACGGUACUUUUAUCAGUGUCAAUCCCUAAAGUCCCUAAGCACAAGUUUGGUGCCUUUGACAACUGUUGUUACCUUCACUGAAAUGACGGAAUGGCCAGAACCUCCACGUGGCCUGCCCAAAGUACACUGGAAACUCCCAUUUGACUUUUUUUUUCCAUUCAAGAUGGUGCUGAAUAUUGAAAGAAGUUACAGAGAUGAUUUGACUGCCUACUUUGUUGUGAUUCUAAUAUUGUCUAGUAUUCUCUGCUGUUGAAGAGAUUAAAAUAGAUGAAACCUGUAUAAAUUCA